CUCCAAUCCCCUCAUGGUAGUCCAAGUCUAGUGGAAAAGAGGAAGAAGAAAACACAAAGAAGGAAAUCAAACACCAUGGGCAAUCCCACACCCUCCUCUUCCCUUCCCUUCUCCUCCCUCAAAAUGUCCAGCCUCCUAGUCCCCCGGAAUGAACACUUGGAAGAGGACCUCCAAAGAUGGCCUACUGUCUCUGAGGUGGUGGAGGAAAUGGGAGCCAUAGGAAGGAUAUCCAUCCCCACAGCUCUAACUGGCCUAGUCCUCUAUUCGCGCGCCAUGAUCUCGAUGCUCUUCCUCGGCUACCUUGGCGAGCUCGAGCUCGCAGGCGGCUCCCUCUCCAUCGGCUUCGCCAACAUCACGGGCUACUCGGUCCUGUCGGGCCUCGCCAUGGGCAUGGAGCCCAUCUGCGGCCAGGCCUACGGCGCGAAGCAGUGGAAGGUCCUGGGCCUCACCCUCCAGAGAACUGUUCUCCUCCUCCUCUCUGCUUCCCUUCCUAUCUCCUUCCUCUGGCUCAACAUGAAGAGGAUUCUCCUGUGGUGCGGCCAGGAUGAGCAAAUCUCCUCCACUGCCCACACCUUCAUCACCUUCGCUAUCCCGGACCUCGUCUUCCUCUCGCUCCUCCACCCACUUAGAGUCUACCUGAGGUCUCAGAACAUCACCUUGCCGGUCACCUACUGCUCCUGCAUCUCCGUCAUCCUCCACGUCCCGUUAAACUACCUCCUCGUCGUCCACUUCGGAAUGGGCAUCGCCGGCGCGGCCUUGGCAAUGGUCUGGACCAAUCUGAAUCUGCUCCUUUGCUUGCUUCUCUUCGUACUGGUCUCCGGAGUCUACAAGGACUCAUGGGUGAGCCCGAGUGCCGACUGCCUCAAGGGGUGGUCGGCGCUGCUUCGGCUCGCCAUCCCGACAUGCGCCUCAGUGUGCCUCGAGUGGUGGUGGUACGAGUUCAUGAUCAUGCUGUGCGGCCUCUUGGUAAAUCCGAAGGCGACGGUGGCAUCGAUGGGAAUACUGAUCCAGACGACGUCGCUGGUGUAUGUCUUCCCCUCAGCACUGAGCCUUGGGGUGUCAACCCGGGUGGGGAACGAGUUGGGAGCCAGUCGGCCUGCCAAGGCCCGGAGAGCUACGAUCGUGUCGCUGGCCUGCGCGGUUGUGCUUGGGCUAAUGGCGAUGGCGUUCACGACCUCGAUGAGGCACCGGUGGGGGAGGCUAUUCACAAACGACGAGGAGAUUCUAGAGCUCACGGCGGUGGCGCUGCCGAUCGCUGGGCUUUGCGAGCUCGGGAACUGCCCGCAGACGACGGGGUGCGGUGUGCUGAGAGGGAGCGCGAGGCCCAACACCGGGGCUACCAUCAAUCUGGGUUCCUUCUACUUGGUCGGGAUGCCGGUCGCCAUUUUCAUGGCUUUUGCCGCUGGCAUGGGCUUCGCCGGCCUGUGGUUGGGCUUGCUUGCGGCGCAGGCAUCAUGCGCUACGUUAAUGGCAUAUGCGCUCGUUACGACGGAUUGGGUCGUGGAGGCGGAGAGAGCUAAAGAACUCACGAAGGCUUCCAAUUCUUCCUCUAUUGCUGCCCUUUCUAUUGCUAAUGAUUCCGAUGGCGUUGGGAAUGCAAUUCCAGCUUCUAGUCAAGAUGGCAAGAAGACAGCUAAUUUGGAAGAGAUCCUGUGCAUUGGUGAUGAUGGGAAGAGCGAACCUUUAGAGACAGAUCCGCUCAUUUCCGUGGAAUAACUCGGAGUUGCAGAUUUUUUUUUUUUGGCUUCUUUCUCCCUUUCAUGGGCUUUGUUUUUGGAAAGAGACUAGAUGUCUUCUCCACUUCUUUAUUUUUCAGCUUUUUUUUUGUUUUGUUCAACCUUACUUUAAUCUGAUGUAUUCAGGUGACGCUAUAGAUGAAACUCUCUUUUUCCA